AUGGAGAGGGCAAUCAAUUGGAAGGCGAAAGCUUUGCUAACAUGUCUGUUUGCCGCAGAUAGCGUGCUUUGUCUGCCAAAUCCAGCCGGUUCGACGGCCACCGGGGCGGCGACAGCUUUUGAAACCCAAUAUCCUCCAUCAAACCCGGAGGAUAGAUUGUUAGUACCCGAGACCAAACCGGUCUAUCGAGUGGCAUUGAAGCACGAGGGACAUCCGGCGCAACAACCUUUCCCUAUUUACAGCGUGGGCCGCCAGCUGAAUAGCCAGAAGAACGAAGACAACAGCUACUACGACGGCGAGGACGAGGACGACGAGGACGACGAUUUCGGUAUUGGUGGCUUUGGCGACUUUGCCGAAUUUGAAGGCUUAGAUGGUCUCAACAACUUCUUUGACAACGAACCCACGCCGAGCUCGUCUGUUGUUCACGAACAAGCCCCAAAGGCUACGUCUGAGCCCGUGCCGGAGGCUGUAGGAACUAUCACAGGUGGGCUCAAGAAGAACGUGGAUUCUCCUAGUAAGCAGCACAAGCCUCAGGCCUCAGCCCCCAGCCAGGCUUCCGAUAUGAGCGGUCAGGAUAUCUUUAGCCCAGUUGCGACUGGCCCUCCAGCAGCAAGCAUCAAAAGUCGGGACGACCAUCCAGUGGAGAACAAGCAUGCUCUUACCGAGGACGCCAUCCAGACUAACAAGUUCUAUGCUGGACUCUUCCUCGGCUCCCAGACCAAUGCAAGCUUCACACAGCCAUACUCAAUUGCUUGGUCUAAGGGAACUGGCCAUCUCCAGAGCUGGGGCAUGGCAGUAUCGCACGUCGAAGCCAAUCUUUUGGCAUACGGACCCCAGAACCACAACAUCUCUGGGAGCCCCGUGAGCUAUUAUAUCAACCCCAUUGGCCUGCAGCACAUCAUAUUCUCGGCAAAGGAGCUGGAUGAAAAGUCAACACUGCACGUUGAACAACCAAAGGCGUUUUCGGCACACGCAGUGGUGAAAACCUCCUCUAAAACGCAGUCCAUCACCUUUCCAAUGGUUCAAGGUAUGGGUUUCGUGACUGCUCUCUACGAUGGUAUGGAGCCGAUCCUUGAGAGUGGCGUUUUCUUCCGCAAGGUCGUCAACGCAGGCUCCCCCAAGCCUGGUAUCUUCAAGUAUCAAGUCUUCCUCGAGGACGAGACCGUCUGGUUGCUGUAUGCCACGCCUGACGAUGGCAAGGACCCUCAUUUCAAUCUCACCUCCAAGAACGCUUUGCAAGGACCCAAAGGUUAUGCCGGUACCCUGCAAAUUGCUAAGAAUCCUGCUGGAACAAGCGGGGAAAAGUUGUUUGACAAUUCCAGCAGCGUCUAUCCUCUUGCUGGUCACAUUCAUGGAUCCGUCACCUCGGACGAAGGCACCUAUGGUCUCUCUUGGACCAAGGCUGGCAAAUACGCCGAUGGGACGCCCCUGAUCAUGUUUGCCCUGCCUCAUCAUAUCGAAUCGUUCGACAAUGAUACAAAAGGCCGCGUGACUGAUAUCCACUUGCGCACAACGACCAAAGGAAAGGCCACUGCGGUCAUAGGAGAGAAGUGGACCAUGAUUGAGUCCAACUUGCCAGUGAAUAUUGGGUUUGCUCCGUGGUCACCGACCCAUGGAUCCGCACAUCUCCUGUCUCAGGGCGCUCAACAGGUCAUCCUGAAAGCCGCAUCGGAGGAAUUGAAACAGGAUAUUGAGGCGCAGUCCGACCUUAACAGCAUGUACUACAGUGGAAAGGCCCUCAGCAAAUUUGCCACCUUGAUUUACACUGUUAACCAGUUCACAAGUAAUGAUGGAAGCGCCACCAAGGCUUUGGGAGAGCUGAAGAAGUCCUUUGCUCGUUUUGUUCAGAACAAGCAGCAAUAUCCCCUUGCCUAUGAUUCGGUGUGGAAGGGCGUUGUCUCUACUGCCGGGUACAAUGGAGACUUGAAUCAGGAUUUCGGUAACACUGCUUACAACGAUCACCAUUUCCACUACGGUUAUUUCAUCCAUGCUGCAGCUAUCAUUGGUGCCCUCGAUCCGGAUUGGUUAGCAGAGAACAAGAACUGGGUCAACACCCUCGUUCGAGAUGCUGGAAAUUCGGUCGAGAACGACGAGUACUUCCCAUUUUCCCGGUCCUUUGAUUGGUACAAUGGACACUCGUGGGCCAAGGGUCUGUUUGAGUCUUUUGACGGAAAAGACCAGGAGUCCACAUCUGAAGACACUAUGUUUGCUUAUGCCAUUAAGAUGUGGGGACAAACUACUGGAGACCGCAGCAUGGAAGCUCGCGGAAACAUGAUGCUCGGAAUCAUGCGUCACUCCCUGGAUAGCUACUUCUUGAUGAAGCAGGAUAAUCAGAACCAGCCAGCCAACUUCACCAGCAACCGAGUCACUGGAAUUCUAUUCGAAAACAAGGUUGACCAUACUACCUAUUUUGGCGCCAACCUCGAGUUCAUACAAGGAAUCCACAUGCUUCCUCUUCUUCCUCAUUCGGCUUACACUCGUCAACAUGACUUUGUCGCUCAAGAAUGGAAGGACAUGUUCUCGCCUGGUUCUCUCACACCAGCUCACGGGGUUGAGGGCGGGUGGAAAGGCGUUCUGUUUGCCAAUCUUGCCAUUAUUGAUCCUCAGCAAUCAUGGGACUUCUUCAGCCAGGACAACUUCGAUUACAGUUGGAUUGAUGGAGGUGCCUCUCGCACAUGGUAUUUGGCUUACGCUGCAGGUCUUGGCGGAGGGCCAAACUGA